AACUGCAUUGCGUUUUAGCUAGGGGCCUUGGGCAAGCUGGUCAAAACGCGCAUAUUAUUGUUCCCCCGUCAAUUGUCUAACGUAUUGUAUCGCUAGCUAGCACGAUUAUGCUUUCACGUUCGCUAGGUAGCCAUAAACGAGUCCCUGAUGACGUCCAGCUGUUUAUUAUGUGUUCUGUAGUAAUGAAAAGGGCUCAUCAACGUCGACCCCAUCUAAACGAAUGUCUGUAUUAAUUGCUCCAGCAUCGACGAUUCGAGGUGACACUGCUUCACACCGUUACUCCCUAUCUGAUUUAGACAUGUCUGUGAUGGUGGGACGGGUCAAUGUCCAGAGGGUGACGCGAAGCAUCACAUACUACUACACCAGCCGGACGCCAUGGGGCAAUUCCUCGUCCCACUCUCCUCCCACCCUGUCCCCUCUCCCCUCUAAGACGGACACUCCUCCCACCUCCCGCCCCAAUCUAUCAGACUUGCCCUCCCACCCUGUCGUGAGCUCAUCUCUCACACCUUCCACUUCGGAUGUACCAAAACAUUCGGCGUCCUUGACCUCCACUCCUACCCGUCCCCUUCUACUCCUUUUUCCGUGGCUCGGUGCCCGGCCCAGCGCUGUGGCAAAGUACCAAAACAUCUACCUGGACCGCGGCCUGGACGUCCUGACGGUGAAUAGCGACGUGUGGCACUUUCUGUGGCCCCGCUGGGGGCUGGAGUAUGCGGCAGAGGUCCUGGACAUCCUGGAUGACCAUCGUUUCAAAGGGCGCCCCCUUCUGGUUCAUGCCUUCUCCAUCGGCGGGUACACCUUCUCCCAAAUGCUUACCCAGGUGGUCCGGGCACCAGACAAGUACCCGGGCCUGGCCCAGCGGGUUGUGGGACAUGUGUACGACAGCAUGGUGGUCGGGACGCUGGAGCACAUGGCUACGGGUUUGGGCAAGACUAUGUUCCCUCGCGUGGAGCCGUUGGUGCGACAUACCGCCAUGUUCUACUUCUGGCUAUUCAAGUCCAAAACGGUGGACUACUAUGACCGGGCCAUCAAGGUGAUCUACGACAACCCCAUCACCGCCCCCGCCCUCUUCUUCUUCUGCGAAAACGAUGCGCUGUGUGACCCCGUCGCCGUGGAGGCCAUCAUCGACACGUGGAGGAGGAGGGGCGUCACCGUGGAUGCCAAGAAGUGGAAGGAGUCUGUCCACGCCGGUCACCUGCGCUGUCACCCAGAGGAGUACCUCUCCACGUUGGAGAGAUGUUUGAAUCUGCCCCUGAUCAGGUCCAAGAUGUGAAGGGCUCAUUGUGGAAGUCGGAUGUACCAGGGUGGGGUGGGGGGGUGGGCUAUAUACCCAUUGUUUAACACAAAUGCUUAUAACACGGGGCAGGACUGUGCUGUUAACUGACAUAUGGCUAAGAGCUCAGCGGGGCAGUACAUAGAUUUAUCUGCAAGGAUUUCCCUGCUCCAGCGACCACCUCCGGCAGGUUGGGUGCCCGCUAAAGCUGACGGGGUUGGUCGGACUGACCUCCCGGUUGGGGUGGUCCAAAUUGUUAUUAUUUUCAGCUAAUUACAAUGUCAAAACGUAACACUUAACACUUACACUUGUAAUUUGAUUACUUUUGAAAUGUUUUGUGUAAUUCAUAACAAAUUUAUAUCUACAUUUCCCGACCGCUGAUCAUUACUAAUUUUUUUAUUCUGUGGAAUCCAGCAAUGUGCUAGUUCAAUAAUUACAUUCAUUGUCGAUCACAAUCAUACUUUAGAUAGCCAUGUUUGAAAGCAUGUGGUUUUGUUGAUAUGGGACACAUGUUUGCAAAUGCAUGACAUUAUCCACUAUUUUCCAGAAACUGUUUUGCCUCAACAGUGCCACUUCUACAACCAGAGGCCAAAAAUCCCAAAAAGCGUCUUCAACUGAUUUUGUUUUACAGCCUUAGAGCUUAUGUAAUAUUAUUAAUGACUCUGUCCAUAAGCACCAGAUAACAGCAAGGUCACUGGUGUACGUAAACACGACACCCACAGCUGACUUUGGUGGUUGAGUUUAUUGAUACAAAUUCUGCAACAUGUCAACACCACAGCAUAUCUGAACACUGUUGCUUGUAUUAUCUCAACUAGUCCCAGGAGCAAUGCAGUGAGUUCAGUUGACUGGAGUGGUCUGUACAGUCCCUAGAACUAAACCCAAUUAAUUAUCUUUGGAGUGAGAUGCACAGAAAAGAUGUGCAGGUUCUUCAUUACAUCUGAAAUUUGAAAAUGUAAACUAUUGUUUCUGAGCUUCCUUGCCUAUUUCAGAUGAAAUUCAUAGAUUAGGGCCUAAUGAAUGUAUUUUAAUUGACAGAUUUCCUUAUAUUAACCCUGCUCCUGGACGCCCCCCUGCCCUGCGUGUUUUAGA